AUGCUCGAUGAGUUCUACCUCACUGGUGUCGGCUUCGUAGUCGCCCGUAACCGCCAUGGCUACUCCGUCACUCUCAACCUGAACAAUAUUGCGGCCACCAACCCUACCAUGGCUGACGACCUCGUGGACUGGCUCCAGUUCACGACCAUCAGGAUGUGUGCCGUGAUAUUCUUCAUCUGCCGCUACUGCCAGCCGACGGUGCCGAUGGGGUUCCAGUGGCGAUGGGAGCAUAACCCUGUUUGUUGGGUGCCGCAAACCGAGACGCCGGAAGCCGGACUGCUUUCCCAGCACGUCUACUUCCUUCGCGAUGGCUGUGCCGAAGGUCAGUUCCAGCAGGUCAUCGACCGAGAACUCAAGGAGAUCAAGGUAAUGUUCCGCGAGGCGAACGCUCCGGGUCCGCCUAAGUUCACUGUGAUUGUUGCCAUCAAGCGACAUCACAUUCGCUUCUUCCCCAAGCCUGGUGACAAGGCCACUGGCGACCGAAACAACAACCCGACGGUACGGACAGCGGUAUGUCGAUGA